AUGCGGACGAUCUCCAAGCUUCGCGCUUUCCGUCAUGAUUCGCCUAUGGCCACCGCCCCAUCGCGUCCAUCAAGCCCAGUAAGCGCACGAGAUUCGUCUCGUCUCCAAGGCGUCCAAGCCGGCUUCGAAGGAGCCUUGUCUCCCCAACUUGUGUUGUCGCAUCAAGCUCAAGCAGCGUCACCGUCGCAACUGGUACCACACAAGGUCGAGCGUGUCGACGUCGCGGACAACGACCGGCGCAGCGAGAGAACACGACCGCAGCUGUCAUCCCACCGGUCUGCUGCCAGCCUUGCUUGCGCCUUUCGCCGAGAUCUCAUCGACGCAUGUUACCUGUCUCAGACACCCUUCGUCCCGACGACGUCGUCACCCGAGGUUCCCGCAUCCUCCAAAGGGCGAAGAAGGUCCCACACUGUCACGACUCCCGACCAUCGCAUGCAAAGGGCGUCCCCCAGCGAAUCUAUGUACAGCGUCCCUCUUCGUCCACAAGGCCAAGCUAUGCCUUCCAGCCAGAAUUUCGAUGAUAGCAUCAACACCUCCUCCUCUCCGAAGCAGACACGACCCUCGGUCUUUCGACGCCGACCAGCUGGACUGCGUCUCGGAAGCGCCGACGGCCGAUCAGCAAACAUGAUCUCCGUGACCGAAGGUCUCCCAGCCAAGCCGAACGAAGUCUCUGCCUUUGCCAGACCUCCAACACCGCCGCCAGAGGCACCGCUCACGCCCGGUCGGCGCAUUGCGCGGCGCCUAUCCUCGUUCAAGGACAGGCUGCGGCGCGCCUCUGUCUCCAAGCCCUGUGCCGUCAACCAGCCACCUACACCGGCGACGUCGAAGAGCCUCCCUGUCCAUGCCAUCGUCCGGGAGACGGCACUGCCGUCGCCUCCUCAGUAUGGGCUACUGCACCACCCUGCUAUGGAGGAACGAGCUCCGGCUCCUUGCCGCCUCUCGCCGUCAGCUUCCGUCACGACAGCAUCGACCAGACCCGCUUCUUCUCUCGAGCACCAGCCGUGGCACUCCCCCUCCAUUGGCUCCCUGUCGUUGUCGAGCCGGACCGGGUAUGGAGGUUCUCCCUCUUGCACUCCUGCUAGCAGCGUGAGCGGCCUCGCCAGCAGCCGCAGCAACAGCAGCCAAGGCGGCGGCGGCAGCAGCUCGGGGAGCAGCAGCUGCUGCUGUGUCGGCGGCUCCGAGAGCCAUCCGUGUUUCGCUGCUUGCCUGUCGCCAUUGACAGAGGCGGGCAUGCGGUCCGGGCUUUCUCCGCCCCGGCCUCACGCAAAAAAGGCCCAGGUCAUCAGUGCGGAUACCGGCUUCAAGCGGGAUGACGGCGUGCGGCGAAAGCAUAGGAGCGAUGAGGUCAGGCGAGACUACUCGCAUCUUCGGCCGGCGACCGACGACGGCACCGGCCAGGAGACCUUCAACGCCCAGGCCGUCCAGUCGGACCUGCGCUGGCCAGCCCGGAUGCGAAGGCUCAGCGCAAGCAUGGUCGCCAGCAAGGUUGACAUCGCUGGCCCGCCUCAAAAUGCCACUGCCGCCGCCCCUGCCACCGCCAUCGCCACCGAGACGAGCAUCUGCGACAGCGAGCAGACAAUCGAGGCGCCCAAGAAGCUUCUGUCGCGGCCGAAACCACGACCGCGGCCACUGCACUCGGCCGCCCUCUCCCUCAAGACGCUGCACGAACUCUCUCCGCCUCCGCUACAGCCUAACGCCUUCCAGCCUCCGGUCCCGGUAUCGGUAGCAUCGGACGCGAGAGGGGGAAAACGCUGGACCGACGAGGCCCAAGAGAUUCUCCGACCCCUCUCCUACUGCACCGUGGCGACGACGGCGACGGUAUGCAGCGCGAGGACGGACAUCUCGGCGCCCGCUUCGGCGACGACGAUAGGCUCGCCGUUGUCGUCCGACUUCACCGCCAUGCGAGGCCAGACGGCCGCCGCCGACCUCCUCCCGCCCCUGUCGCCCUUUGCUGCGCGCGCGCCCGCUCGAGCGGCCCGCCAUCGCAUCAAGGACCAGGUGUGGGACACGGGCGACUUUGGCCUACCCUCGUCACCUGUCAUUGCCCCGUCGCCCAGCCCGCCAGCCCUCCAGUCUUGA